CUAGACCUCUGCCGAGUGUACAAGGUUUUUUGUUGGGUGGACAUCCGAUUUUUUUUUUCAUCUUCUUCACCUCAAAACUCUUCGAAAAAAAAAAAAAAUCGUGUGAUCUGUUACAUCCAAAAAAAUAGUCAAGGAGACUGACAACAUAUCCCACUAAAAGUGUGUGUGUGGUGUGUAUGUGUGUGCAUGUAACUAGGCGCCAUUUUUCGCCCUCGAAUUUGGAAUUGUUUUACAUCAAUCGCUUGCCACCAAUCGCCAUGAGUACCCGAGUUCUUGCCGCUCCCGUUUCGCUCGACGUGAGGAUGAUGUUGCCCUCGUAUACCCGUUUGGGUAGCAGCGGUGGACGACCGCGGAUUGUGCCCAACACGGGCUGUUUGUCACGGGUAAAACGAUGCCUGUUUGGCUUACCGUCGUCGCCGGAGGAAGCCCUGCAACAGGCGGCCGCCGAGCUCCAACGCCAAACCGAAACCGACUCGCAGCGUUGGAACUUUGACUUUGCCCGCGAACAGCCCAUGGACGGCCAAUUCAAAUGGCAACCCGCCGAACCGCAAUGCAACCGCGUGGAAACGCACGAUCCCGUUUCACCAACUCGUUUACGCCAAUCGCAAAUUACAGAAUUCCUGCAACCUCGCAAACGAACAUCUUCUGGUGCCUUGUCGUCCAUUAACAACAAACGCUUGCGGACGCAGUCCUCACCUCAGGCGCGACGAACGUGAAUUCGCUCUCCAACGACUGUUAGGCAUCCUCGGACGUGCAUGAUGUACACCAGAGGGAAAAAUAACAAAUUAUAUAUAAAUAUAUAUAUAAAUAUAUAUAUAUAGAAUUAUAUAUGCGUGUGGUGGUGUUGGAUGAGAAAGCAAAAAAAAAAAAAAAAAAAAAAAAAAGAAUCCACGAGGGAAAAAGAAAAAAAAAAUGAAUAAUUUCGGCCUGAUCUCAAUUGGAUUUCGUCCAGGUCAUGUGAUCUCUCCAUCGCGCGCUCAAUGAAGCGAGACAAAAGAAAAUGUUUGUUUUUUUUAAUCCCCACCAAGUUUUGCGAAAAAAAAAAUUAUUCUUCGAUCGUGUUGUUUAGAAAUUGUUGUAUAUAUGUUAAUUUUGACAAAAGGAAACAAAAAAAAAAGAGGGGGAGGAGGGGAACGCAUUCUUUUAACCAAAUAAUACAUUGUUUUUUUUUUUAAUUAUUUUUUUGUGGCGGGAAAAAUAAAAACCACGUGUCAUAAACCAAAAGUGUCGAGCCCGACGUGUUUCGUGCACGUCGAGUGUCCAAUGUCUGUGAUGUCCCUGUUUGCUCGAUCUGAUCUCACCCCAUUGGCACCAAGAGCUUCACGUAGCCCCCGCUCGCACUCGAAUUUUGUUUUGUUUUUUCUCUUCCAAUCAAGUGGUUCUCCCCCCCUCUCAUAUAUUUCCGUGCUGCCAAAAUUGUAUUUUUUUUUUGUCUUUCGGUUUUCGUAGUGUUUUUUUUUUUUACAAUUAUAUAUACACAUAUAUAUAUCUAUCACGUAACUGAGAAU